CGAAAAGAGCACCGUUUAUAACGAGAAUACCUUCCGAGACUGAGAUCACACAAUUAUUUUUAAAACAUUCUCACGAAAUUCCAUUAAAUGAAAGAACGAACACUACAUUUGUUGGUCAAAUGAUUUCCCGAAAUGGUGUUGGUGGGGGAAAUGUCGUCGGAACUCUAAGACACGAGUUUUCGCCGAAGUUCUGGGCCGAAAUUGGAUCAUCUGUAGCAUCACCGAGAAUUGUAAGCAUCAAAGGAUUUUACUCUAUUGAUCCUGAUAGUUUUGUUACAAUAACUAGUCAAUCAUAUUCAAUAAGUUUACCUCCAAUGUUGAGCAUUACGGGUGGUCGCCGUAUAGGUUUAAAUACCACUGGAUAUUUGACUUAUAAGACUGGUUCCUGGUCAUUGGGACCUUGGGGAAAAGAUGAUACAUCUCUUUUUAGACGACGUGAGAAAUCAGCUGUAGCAAUAGGAAUAAACAGUGGACGAGACAAAUCCGGAUAUUCUAUAGAAUUACAGACGGGUAUAAUUCAAUCACAUAUAUCCGCGAGCUUUAAUCGUAAGGUUGCUGAAGGUUAUAAUAUUCGCGGAUCAGCUUCUAUAUCAACUGUAAGUGGUUUGACUGCUAGUAUUGGAGGAGAUCACAAUGUCUCUACGAAUUCUCGGGUUGCCAUGUCUAUGGAAUUUGGUAUCCCAAGCGGUGUCACCUUGAAGAUAAGGUUUGCUCGUCUUGGGCAACGUAUAACAGUACCUAUUCUAUUAUCUCAAGAUUUUGACUUUAAUCUCAUAUUAUGGGGUUCUCUAAUUCCAACCGCGACUGUUUAUGUGAUAGAUCAACUAAUAUUAAAGCCAAGGCGAAAAAAGAAAAAAGCAGAAAAAUUAGCUGCGUUACGCGAACAGCAUGCAGA